AUGGUAGGCCUUUCAACUGAAGAGAAGCUUUUCAUACAAGUUGGUAUUUCUCAGGAUCUUGGUACUGAUGGUCGAGGGAGGCUAACUUAUCGACCCAUCUCUAUUGAAACUGAUGUGAUCUCUCAGGCAAAUGGUUCGACAAGGGUUCGAAUCGGAGGUAUUGAAGUUAUAAUUGCUACAGUGAAGGGUCAUGCUUCUAAUUCUCCUGCAAAAGAUUCUAAACUUGGAAGGCCUAAUCCUAUACAACAUGACAAAGGGAAGGUCUCAAUCUCUGUUGAUUGUAGUCCGACUGCAGAGCUGGCGUUUGAGGUGGGACUUUGUGGAUCUUUUGCCCCUUACGGUCUCUAUGGACUUCGGUGCAUGGUGGAGAAGCUUCUUCACUCCUGCCCAUUUCCUGAAAGGGUCGAUUCUUGUGUUUGGCUUGUUUUUGUGCUAUUUUAUGGUUUCAUUGAGGUGAAAGAAACAAUAGGCUUUUUAGGUGGAUGGUGUCUCUUAGGUGGAAAGAGUGGUUCAGCCUUAGGGGCUGGGAUUGACCUUUCAACUUUGAUAGUUGUGGAAAGGAAGCUUUGCUGGGAUCUCCAUAUCGAGGGGUUGGUCUUAAGCUCAGAGGGCAAUCUUCUAAACGCUCUUGGUGCUGCCAUUAAGUCCAACACAUCUGGGGUUUCAGCCAUUUUUACGUUGACCAAAGUGGGUAAGCACUACAUCAUUGAUGCUACUUUGGAAGAAGAAUCUCAAAUGAGUUCUACAAUCUCUAUAUCCAUCAACAGGCAUGGUCACAUUUAUGGGUUGACUAAACGUGGGGGUGUCGAGGUUGAUAUAAGCAUAAUCCUCGAUAUGAUAUCUGUGGGCAAACAUGUCAGCGAUGAGUAG